GUUGAAAUCUUCUAUUUCGAUGUUUGGUUUGGUGAGAAAUCGAGAAGUCGUGAAAUCGAGGUCAACUUUAAGCCAUGUGUCUGCACGCUGGAGCUUCUAUCUUGGGUCUUGGCGGGGGCCGUCGUUCGUCUGUUCUUCGAUAUCCAAAGGUUCCUCCUCCCUCUUGUCUAAGCAACCUCGGGUCUUCCCCUAGACCGCGUAUCUCUAUUGUUAUCGCGGUAUGUAUUGCGUUUGUCGUUGUUUAAAACUGUGAAGUCGAGAAAG